CUCCCACGAAUUCCAGGAGCGGCAACAAUCGCACUCACUCACCACCCCUUCUCUUCCGGGCAAGGCAAACCCCAAGAAACCCCAACCCAACCGGCCACCACCACCUCCCGUCCCGACCCCGAGACAGACACCUCCCACUCGCGGCCAUGCCCCCCUGCCACCGCCGCUGCUGACCUGACCACCCAGCCGUCCGCGCCGCGACCGGUCAACAUCUAUCUAGCCGGAACAUCCAUCUCAAGCAACAUGGACCCGGCCCAGGAGGAGCUCGAGCGCCGCAGCCGCUACCUCAGCUCGCUCGUCCGCCGCACCAGGCUCGACGACCCGCCCCAACCGGAGCCGGAGCCGGAGCCCAAGGUGGAGCGCAAACCGGCGGCGGAGCCCAGCGGCGGGGAGGGCAAGGCCGCUAAGCCGGAGACCAAGGAAAGGGAGGCGGCGAAGGUCAAAGGGGACGCCGCGAGCGGGGAGGGGAGGAAGGUGGCGGUGCGGGUGCGCGCGGCGGACAUGCCGCUGGCGCUGCAGCGGCGCGCGAUCUGGAUCGCCCGCGAGGUCGUCCUCUCCACGCCGCGCCUCGAGAGCAAGCGCCUCGCGCUCGCGCUCAAGAAGGAAUUCGACACGACAUACGGGCCUGCUUGGCACUGCAUCGUCGGCACAAGCUUUGGCUCCUACGUCACUCACUCCCUAGGAGGCUUCCUGUACUUCUCCGUCGACAAGGCGUACAUUCUUCUCUUCAGAACCGCUGUCGAGCCACUGAGUAAACCGUGAUGAGGCCUGGAACCUAUCUUCUCACACACAAGUGUAGAUUUAGCGCAAAUGUGUAAUUUAAACUGCUGUUUUAGGUGCUCGACGGCAGCAAGUGUAAGCAGCCGAGAAGGAGUAACAAACAUCCCUCUAUGACCUUUAAGUAUCUACGUAUGCUGCUGCUGAGUACUGCUGACCUGCGAA